AUGGCUUCGUCUCUCGCCGCGCAGCUGUCGCAAAUUGCGGCCAAGUCGACACAUGAGCUUGAUCUCAAAGCGCAAAGGGUGUUACACUCACAGUCACUUAUUUUCGACAAAAAGGUCGCCAGCACUCAAGACUUUGAUUCAAUCUAUGAUAUUUGUUAUGACGGAUUCCGGGAAUUGUGCUCGUUGGACCCCCGGUUCACGGAGUUUGAUCGCACGAUCUUCAGCGAGCAGAGCAAGGCGGAGGACCGCAGCCAGAUGAACUCACAGCAAAACAAGGAGUUGGAUCAAGUGGUUGAAGCUUUCUUAGCCUUGGUUGGCGGCAGACUGCAGCUGAGUCCUGCGGUCAAAGCUGUAGACUGGCUAGUGAGAAGGUUCAGAGUUCACGAGUUCAAUACGACUGCCGUAUUGUUGACGUUUUUGCCGUACCAUACGACACCACUCUUUCUAAACCUUCUCUCGAUCCUUCCGGAACGUCUUACGCCUACAUUCAAAGUACUAACCCCAUACAAGAAUGGUCUCAUUAAUCCGCCAAGGCACCCGCUUGUUCACAGUGCGGCGACGAACAAAGCCUUCUUUUCCGAAUUAAAUAACUACGUUCUGGAGGUAUGCAGGCAACAAGCUCAAAGCCAUGCAUUGCUCGCCUUCUGGGCUGGAGUUGUUACAGAGGCUAUUGCCACAAUGUUAGAUGGCGCCCGCUCAGGCAGAAGGGAGGCUGAGAAGCAAAAACAUGAAGAUAUCCUUUUACGGGUAUUGCCAGUGCUCAGUGCUGCUUUCACCAUGAAAAAUGUCUCGGAAUUGAUUGUUGGUUGCUACAUGAUUUGUGUAGUAUUGGCACAGAAAGCAUUCCUCUCGAACGAAGUCAUUGAUGGUCUUAUGGAGAGUGUCGUGAGCUCUUGGACAGAAGAUACAAAAACGUCCGGCCUCAUUUGCUUAUCAGUUCUUGCCCAACAAAAGCCUGCAGUUACAAUUCCCAGGAAGGUUUUCAAGGGCAUCUUGCGCCUCGACAGCCCUAUCGGUCAACUUUCGGAAAUCGCUACGCAAUAUCAGAUAUCUAAUCUGUUGCUUGGGAUCAUUGCUGGCUGUUUGGCCGAUCUUGAUAAGCAGGACAAUUCCCGUCUUAUCGUUUUGGCAUCUAUUUUUGAACGCAACAUGCUUGGUCAGAGUGAGAUUGGCAAGGCCAUGAGCCUGGUUCUGGAAGCAGCAUCAAACGCAGAUGAGACCCGCAGAAUGUCUUUGGACGCCCAAACCCAGCUCGCCGAGUUGGUCCAAGCAUUCAACCGCUCGGAAAACUUACAGCCCAUUUUCCAGAACAUUUUGAAUGGAUCAUCGUUCAACAUCUCGGCACUCGAACACAAUCUUCAAACUGUUGUUGAGGCUCCCGUCUCGGUACCUGAAAUCGAAGAUGUGGACAUGGCCGACGCAGACGAACAGCCUGAGUUGGAUGCCUUCACUCCAGCUCUGGAGUCUUUGGCCAAGGAGAAGUUGUUCCCAUCCUCAUUCCUUUCCAAACAGUCUAUCAUCGAAUUUGAUAACCUAGUACGGGUCUUUGCGUUGGCUGUGGAUUCAGAGGAAAACCUCGAGCUGUUCACCAACCUACCGAUUUUGGGCAAAUCUCAGGCGACCAAGACUGCUCAAUACUUGUCGUUCUUCAUCAGAGUCGUUGCUGGUCACUACCCCAUUGGCACAAAGAUUGCUGCUUUGAACGUUAUAUCGUCUGUGCUCUCAUCUGCAACCGCAGAAUUUGAUCCUCAGGCACUGCUUCCCUUCCUGUUUGUUGCCCUCUCCGAUUCGUCCGAGCGGAUUCGUCGUGAGACUGCUGGUGUCUUGGCCAUUAUUGGAUCUUUGUACAAGAACUCCAAGGCCAGUGACAGCUCGAAGCCAUGGGCUCACGACACUAUCUAUGGCCAGGGCAAGCAUUCCGCAGGCGCUGCAUGGCUCUCAGUUAAGGAUUCGCACAAGGUUCUGGAGCGCGCUUUGCUCCCAGAGUUGGAGGAGUCUAUUCUUGACUCUAGCCAUGUCGGCAGGACGGUGGAAGCUACCCUCCGAGGCAAUGUUCUGUCCGAGGCCUCUGGUGCAUCUGAGCUCAAGAAGUCUCUUCGUCUCAGUCUUUUCACCUUCCUCUGCUCUCAUGUCGUGAAGAUGCCUGUGUUUGCACCUAAAAUUGCCUUGCUCAAGCUGAUCAACAGCGUUGAGAAGGUUUCUACUGCAACCCUCACUAGUGAACUCCUUCCGGUCCUCGAGGACUGGCGUCGCUUGAGUGCUAAGGAAGUCGAAGAUAUUUGUGCCAAGGAGCGCAUCGUGGCAGCUGAGACAGAGCAUCUGAUCGCUGCUAUUGUCACAUCUAAGGAUAAGGACGCCUUCGAUGUCCUUCUCUCCAAUGUUAGCUCUGGCGAUUCCCUGCGCCCGGCCUUUGUCGCAGCUUGCUUUGGCCAAAUCAAGCACAUUUGGGCGAAGAUCCCCGAAGACCGACAGCUGGCCGCAUCCGAGAAAUUGCUCGAUAUCUCUCUUGGUGACUCCGUCAACGCUUCCUUGCCCAACAACUGCCGAGAUGUUCUUCGUACUGUCGAGCUUUCUGGCGCUGUUCUCGAGCAGUUUGUUCAGAAGAUCCCUGUGUCUAUCACUGAUGUCGAGUCUGUUGGCCCUGCACCGAAGCGAAGACGUACAAGCCAAAGUAACAUGAUUGCCAUGACUGUCAAGGACGAGGCAGAGCUUAGCAAGCUGAUGGACAAGAUGACUUUCAUCCUGGAGAUUGUGGACAGCUCUUCUCCAGAAACCCACCCUCAGCUGGCGGAUGGACUGUUCCAGACACUCGCUGCUCUUCACCACUUCAAGUCUCAGAUCCAGUCUGGCAUGAGCUACCUCCUCAGCCUGACCUUGGGAAGUCUCUUGGCUAUUGUGAACAAGUCCAAGGGAUCUGUGAAGCCACUGUUUGACACAUCUGUCAUUAGGGCCGACCUAGUGGUGGACUGUGUGCGAACAACAGACAGCCCGCAAGUUCAAAAUGGGGCUCUUCUCCUCGUGGGAAGCUUGUCUGUUAUUGCACCCGAACUAGUCCUCCACAGUGUCAUGCCCAUUUUCACGUUCAUGGGCACCACCGUGCUGCGCAAGGAUGAUGACUACUCUGUGUCCGUCAUUGAUCAAACUAUCGACCAAGUUGUUCCUGCUCUCAUUCAGUCUCUGCGUAACCAAAAGAGAGAUGUUGUUUCCGGAACUUCUGAGUUGCUUCUCAGUUUCACUGCGGCCUUUGAGCAUAUUCCCUCGCACCGUCGCCUGAGACUUUUCCAUGCCUUGAUCAGCAAGCUUGGAACACAAGAUUUCUUGUUCGCUGUUCUGGCAAUGCUCGCCAACCGAUACUCUACUGACAAGGAUGUUCUUACAUUGAUGACUGGUCUGGUCUCGGAUACUACUCCCGUUGUGGAGCUUACCACAUACAGCAAGUACCUUAACUUGGUCAGUGAUUCCCUCAAGGCCAAGCCAGGUAUCUCGCAGGUUCUUCUUGGAAUUGGCAGCGACGAUGGGCGUGAUUCCCAGAGCAUUUGCGUCGACCUCCUGCGUGACCUGGCCCACUUGUUCAAGCACUCUUCUCUCAAGUCCAAGCUUGAGACAGCCUUCGAGUCCGAGGACGCGGUUGCUGAUCAGUCCCGCGCUUGCUUCUCUCGCGUCCUUGAGCAGGUUCUCAGCAUUGGCGAGGCCGUGCAGACCAUGAAGCCCGUCAACCAGGCUUGUGGCGAGGUCCUUGGUGCUCUGUUCAGCACUCUGUCUCUCGUCGACUUCCUGGAUACUAUUGAGGUUCUCCUCCAAGGUCCCAAUGACGAACUCCGCCGCAAGGUUCUUCGUCUGCUUGAGACUCGCCUCCGCCAGACUCCGGAACGCGAUAACCUCUCGCAGAUCCGGGUUCUCGACUUCUUGCCUACGUUGGUUAACAUUGUGGAGUCGUCUCCGGACAUUCUACUCAAGCAUGCCGCAGUUUCGUGCAUUGACCGCAUUACCGACAAAUACGGCCGCAAGGACCCCUCUAAGGUCAUUGCUGCUGCUAGAGUCGUUGCUAGUGAAUCUUGUCUCGGCCAGUCCGAUGAUCGCAUUCGCUACAUGGGUAUCUUGUGUCUGGCCUCUAUGGCCGAGGUGCUCGGUCAAGCCAUGAUUCCUGCCCUUCCAGACACACUCAAGCGUUCUUUGGAACUACUUGAGUUGAGCCUGGUCCCUGGCAAGGAGAACUCGCGCCUUCACGACGCCGUAUACACACUCUUCUCGGCCCUCUUUGUCCACCUGCCAUUCAUGAUCUCAGCUGGUCAUCUGGACAAGGUCCUCGUCCUGUCCUUCAAGUCUGCUAAUGCGGACAUUGAAGAGAGCAGUGAUGAAAGCCGUCAAGAAUCUCUCCGGCUGUUGGCUCGCAAGGUGGACGUUGCUGCCACUCUUGGCGCUGUCGACCGCAACUGGCAGCACGCCGUCGAGGCUGGCCCAAUCGCUGUCAAUGAGAUUUUGGAAGUGGUCACAAUCGCCGUUGACAAGCACCCCAAGUCAACCAUUGCCAAGAACAUCGCCGUUCUCACGAAGAUUCUCUUCAAGUCCUUCGACCUUCGCCGUGAGCAGAUUGCUCUUGGGGACAAGGCUGUCUUCGAAUCGUCCGCUAUUGACGAGGCUGAAGCCGCGCUCAACAACGUCACAAUCAAGAUGAUCUACAAGCUGAAUGACAGCACUUUCCGCCCCAUCUUCCUCAAGUUCGUCGAAUGGGCCACCACUGGUGUCUCUAAGAAGGAUGAAGAGGGUCAGAUCUCGCGUCUCACCACUUUCUACAAGUUCCUUGAGGUUUUCUUCGGUACUUUACAGUCCAUCGUCACUGGGUACUCCAGCUACAUCUUGGAGAACGUCGUCAGUGUUUUAGGCUCAUGCGGUCCCUCCAAGGCUCAGAAGUCCCUCUGGUUGGCAGCUCUUCGCAUGCUCCGCAAGUCCUUCGAGCAUGAUCAGGAUGAAUUCUGGCAAAGCCCAUCCCACCUCGCCAGCAUUUCCGGUCCCCUGAUCGCCCAGCUUGGCCACGCUACCACCACCACGACCUCGAACAUGGUCAUUGCUGACGUCGUUCCCACAAUCACAGAGCUGGCCAUCGCCGCCGACUCCACUGAUAACCACAAGGAGCUGAACUCGGCUUUGAUGAAGUACCUCCGUCCUUCCUCUGCACCCAACGCUCGCUCUGCUGGUGGUGACAGCCCCCACACCCGUCUCGCAGCCCUGAAGACCGAGCAGGCCCUCACGGCGCAAUUGGGUGAGGAGUGGCUGGCUCUCCUGCCUGAGAUGCUGCCUUACAUCAGUGAGCUUAUGGAAGAUGAGGAUGAGAGUGUGGAGAGAGAAGUUCGCAAAUGGGUUAAGCAGAUCGAGAAGGUGCUCGGUGAGCGUCUCGAUGAUAUGUUGACUUAG